AUGUGGAAGUUCCGUGCUCUCGAGCCUGAGGAGCCGGAGUCACCAGAAGUACCGGAAUUUCCGACAUUCAUUCGUGUCCUCAGGAUUGGCUUCGACGCCCAGACAGCGUUGCCAUUUGCAACCGUCCAACGUAGUCCUUUGCUGCGAAGUAGCGCCCAAGUAUUCUGCUGUUCUAGCUGGAGUGCAGACCAGAUAGGUGUUGAACGCUCGGACAUGGGAACUAUCGCUGUGGUUUUGGGGACGAGGCAAGGAGUAUUUCUGCAUACUCGUGUUGGCCAAUUUCCACACCCGGACUUCCCUAGUUCCAACGCCGACAUAUGGCGUGAUGGACAUCAUCGUUUCCCCCGCAUACCACCGAUACCUCAGCAGGACUUGGAUCAGACUGCGACUAUCGCCCAAAUUCCUCGUCCACGCGUCCCUAUCAUUUUCACAGUGCCAACGGACGAAGUCAAGCCUGCUGCUAUCACAGUAGACUGUCCCUACAGGUGCAUUUCUGCCAACUGGCCAUUCCUUGGUUUCACCAAUCUCAUCCCAUUCGCGCCACGUUUUUAUCCUUUGCGCGACGAACGUAAGAAAGGCAUUCACCCGUGUUCGGAAUUAUGGAUUCCGCAGUCUUUGACUGGUCUUUGGUUCGGUACUUAUGGACCUCAUGGCACCGAGUGCGUAUAUGUUCACUGGGAUGACAUUGAGCGGUCCUUAUCUGCGUGGAAGAUCACUGGAGAUGAGAAUGUGCCUCGAGGAGCACUGACGUGGACUUUCGCCAUGGGUCGUCCGUAUCGCGUGCCCGCCUUGCAACGCGAGGUGUGCGUGCAAUCGUUUGGCGACCUAGAGAAAUGCAGGGUUUAUUCUGGUACAGGUACGAUCAGUGCUCGCGGAUAUAUGCCAUAUCAGCAGGUGCCGUGCUUCUUGCUGUUGGGCAUCGUGGGCCCAGAUGAGCUGCGAAUCUUUUGGAUGGAAUCUGAAGACGAAGAGCUGUCCACCUAUGUCCGCUAUAAAGGCUCGGGAUCUCCAGAAUGA